AUGCAUUAUGUAUUGAGCUCAUAGAAUUAAACCACUUCCUUAGUUAAUGAAUUAGAUGGUGUCGAAGAUAAUCAGUCACUCUGGGUUGAAGAACCCAGGAAUAAGUUUGACUGGUAAAAUGCAAAUGCUUUUGAUUGGGGUUAAACAAGUCACUUUAUUGAUAUUGCUGCAUCACCUAGUGGGGAACUUUAUGGAAUUUAACAGUAUGUAAAUGAUAAAAAGAUUAUCAAAAAAUAAGGCAAAAAAUUUAAUUUUGUUAACGGAGAUUGGAAAUCAUUUGAUGACGACUUCUAAAUUAAAGAUAUUAAGUUCGAUAUGGCUGGAAACUUCUAUGUUCUUGAUAUUUCGAACUAACUGUAUGCUAAGAAUUCAAAGACAAAGAUCAUACUAAAGAAUAUUAAGGAAUAUGAGAUCACUGCUCAAGGUAAGAUAUAUGCUAUCUCCUCAACCAUAACCUAAUCAAAUACUUAAUAAUUGCUAAAUACUUGGAUUCAAGGUGAUGGCUUCGAGUACAAACUACUCUCUGCUGCUUAAUUCUCAUAAAUAGUAUUAAAAAAUGAGGUACCUAUCUACGUAGAUGCUAUGGGUUACACAAUCGGCUACGGAUAGCAAUGUGUGAAAGAUAUAACUGCGGGUGUUGAUGGUAGCGUCUGGGCUCUUAGCUGCCUCAAAGAUAAAUUGUCAGAAAAUUUUUAACUUAUUAGGUGGGAUCCAAUUACACUUUAAUGGUAUAGCGUCAAGUCUAUGUAUGGAAUAAAAAUAGCUGCUUAUAAUGAGGUAUCCAUAUCUGUACUCGAUUCUUUCGGAAGAAUCAUGUUCUCUUCAGAGAAGAGCAAAUAUAAUGAUUUCGACUAUAUUUAGAAAUAACUAAGCCCCUAACUUUUAGCUGACUCUAAAAUCUUGAGCAGUACCAGCUUGUCAUUUGUUUAAAGCCUCAUUGAUAAGGAAUAUUCCAUCUCUACUCUUUGCUACAGAGCAUCCCAGAAUGGUUUUACAUCUCAAAAUUUCCAUUCAAGUUGUGAUUUCAAAGGACCCACUUUGACGAUCAUUAAAACAUCAACUGGAAAGGUUGCUGGAGGAUAUACUUCCCUACCUUGGAGAUCAGUUAACACCUAUGUUGUUGAUAAAGAAGCAUUCCUAUUUUCUGCUGAAAAUAAAGUCAUAGUUCCUGCUAAAGGUCCUAACGCCAUUUAUGAUCAUAUCAACAAUGGCCCCACAUUUGGAGAUGGCCAUGAUCUAUAUGUUGCACCUAACUCAAAUUCAAAUACAAACAGCGGUUCUAAUUUGGGAAAAGCUUAUGAUCUACCUUCUGGAAUAGUAUUUCAAAGCACUUAAGCCAAAACUUAUCUUCUUGGGCAAUCAAACUUCUAUAUUUCUGAAAUUGAAGUUUAUUACCUUCAAUGA